CGAUACUCGUUCUGCAACCAUAGAUGGCGAGCACGAUCCAGACCAUCCCACGCCACAUGGUACCGACAAAUGGAUGGCAAAGGCGACGAAUGGCCUGGAUCCAAACGGGCAGAGGUUCGCCUCUCCAGCCGCCAAGGAAAGAAAAUGGCCACACUGCAGCUUUCUGGUCCACCCUCGAUCCGACCCAGGGAGGCCGGGGCACGCCAGCGUAUGUGUACCAUUCCCUCUCGAUCCACAUCUUCUGCCAGGACACGAGCGUCGUCAAGAAUGAUGUCAUCCGUAUCUAUGCCCACCUCAAUACCGGUGCCCACGACCUUGCCCAGUUUACCGACAAGGCUGAUGCCACCAUGGGCUGCCAGUUCGAGUUCCCGAUGUGGAAGGAGCUACCACUCUCAAACAUCCUUGGCCGCCUCCUUCGAGACGAACACCUGGCAUUCUCCAAGGCACUCAAUACCGCCAAGCACUUCAGAAAUGGGACACUGUCCCGUUUCAUUUUCCCAGAAGGCCGCAAGGUGAACAAGAAGCUAUCGUCUUACUGA